AUGCAGUUUUCUUUCCGCGAUCAUCCAGCGCUAUCUUUUCGAGAUGGCAUGAGUUUGCAAGGAAACGAAGAAAAAGCUUCCACGAAGUUGGAUGCAGCUCUCCAGCAGUUUGAUGAGGAUGUCUUGCUGAAAGGCGUUGAAAGUGUUGGCACAAGUUCUAUGGCUUGGUUCAUCUCUUCAUUCGCGCAAACACGUGAUAAGUUUGAGAGAGGUAUUGCGAACGCGACACUUUCGAUCGGUGGCAUGAUGUGCAGCUCGUGCGUUCUUUGGCAUAUUCGGUAUCUCUGCGCUUGCAGCGGUGAAGCCUUAGGGUACGAAGCUACGUUGACGACAAGAGUGAGCAUGAGUGAGCUGGGUAAUGCAGCGGUUUUGAUCGGCGGAAUGACGAGCAACUCGUGCGCUAUCUCAGUUGAGAAUGCAUUGGAGAAUACUGAGAAUGUGAUGUUGGUCAUUGGAAGCUUUGGGACUGAGAAGGCGAGGAUCUGUUUCAACAAGGACUUUGUUGGUAUUUGA